GUUUUGUACCGUGUAAUGGUUUUUGAAAGUUUUUAUUUUUAAUUUAAGUUUAAAAUUUACAUUUUGUUUAUUAGAUAAAAUUCUAGUUAAAUUAUUUCUUUUAGUAAUUUAUCAUCUAGUACAAAUUUACUGUAUAAUUUAUAAUAGUUUUUAUAAUUUAACGCAUCUAAAAUAUUUUAAUGACCUUAGUAAUACAAUACUUUUUAAAAAUAGGACUUUAAAAAUUAUCCAUAAAAGGAUAUGUCGUAAAUAAAAAAUUAAAUAUUUUAUAUAAUUUCUCGUUUUUGUUUAAAUGAAUAUAUUAUUUAAAUUAUGUACACUGUGUACAUUGUUUUAUUUUAUUUAUUCAAUGUUAUUGUAUGCCAACUUGAUCAUGGCCAUUCCAAAUCAAUGUAUGACAAAUUAUCCAACCAAAUUAUUAGCAAAAUUAACAAAGCUAAAAAAGAAUACACUCCCUGUGAAACGAAGAAUGGAACAUGUUUUUUUCCAAACAUCUUGAAAGAUCUUGAGCCAUUUAAAGAUGGUAUUACUCAUGAAAUGAUAACUGCAGCAGCAGACAAAGGAACUCGUUAUAUGAUCUUUAAUCAUGACUUAUACAGAGAAACAAAGUGCAUGUUUCCAGCCCGUUGCGAAGGCAUUGAACAUUUUUUAAGUAAAAUUCAAUUAAAUACUCCAGAUGUAGAGUUCAUUUUAAAUACACGAGAUUGGCCUCAAAUAAUAAAACAUUACGGAGACCCUAAACCUGUUUUUUCUUUUAGCAAGACAGAUGAUUAUGCUGAUAUAAUGUAUCCUGCAUGGUCCUUUUGGAGUGGAGGACCAGCUAUCAAAUUACAUCCAUCAGGACUUGGCCGAUGGGAUUCUCUGAGAAAAUCUAUUCUGAAAGAAUCUGAACAGUGGCCAUGGAAAAACAAAAGUUCUAAAGGAUUUUUUCGAGGUUCUAGAACCAGUGAACAACGUGAUUCGCUCAUACUUUUAUCGAGAAAUGAACCAGAAAUAGUUGAUGCAGCAUAUACAAAAAAUCAAGCUUGGAAAUCUGAUAAGGAUACACUAUUUGCUCCACCGGCAGAUGAAGUAUCAUUAGAAAAUCAUUGUCAAUACAAAUACUUGUUUAAUUUUCGAGGUGUGGCAGCUAGUUUUCGUUUUAAACAUCUUUUUUUAUGUAAAAGUCUGGUUUUUCAUGUUGGGGAAGAUUGGAAGGAAUUUUUCUAUCAGUUUAUGAAACCUUGGUAUCAUUAUGUACCAAUAAACCCAAAUGCAUCCGAAAAAGAUAUUAAAAAUAUUUUACUGUUUUUCAAUGAACAUGAUGAUCUAGCCAAAGAAAUUUCAGAACGAGGUUAUAGAUUUAUCAGAACCCAUUUGAGAAUGAAAGAUAUAACAUGGUAUUGGGAAACACUGCUGCAAGAAUAUGCCAAAUUAUUGAAAUACAAACCAAAAUUAGACAAUGAACUUAACCUAGUUAAUAGGUGAUCAUCCACAGGGUAUAAAAUAAAUGUUUUUCAAUUUUCAUACCGUAUGAAAAAAAAAAUAUAUAACUUAACAAUUUUUGAAAUUUAUAAAGACUGUUGUACUUAACAAAAUUGUAUUUAUUUUAAAAAUAACAAAAAAGUAUUAUUAAUUUAAAUUUAAAAAAAAAUUCAAAAAUAUUUCAUUAAAAACAGUUUAUUAUGA